AUGUCACGCCUGAGCGCGACGGAGGUAAUCAACCGCGGCGACUACUUGAAACCUGACUUUGAGCCAUCAACCCUUACUAUACCUCAUCUAUUAUCAGUUCUUACAUAUCAUGGCAUCAAAUAUCCAAGCCCUCAUACCAAGGGGAAACUUGUUGAGGAACGAGAAGCUCGCGAGCGCAAAAAACCGAGUAAUGAUGGAAUAUUGGAUGGGCAUACAGGACAGGCUAUACAACCUUCCGAGCCUGUACCACUUCGUAGGUCUACUCGUCGCUCAUCCAGGCAGCCUUCAGAGUCUGUGCCUGAGCCUGCUCAUUCAACUAAGCGCCGUCAUGGAUCAGCAGAACCAAUGACGACACGAUCAAGUUCAAGAAAUGUACAUCAGCCUCCUGCAGAACCAAUUCUCCUUGAGGAGAGUGAACAAGAGGAGCAAGCUAUUCCAGAAGAGGAGCCCCCCCGUAGGUCGUCUCGCGCCAAGGGUCCUUCGCUAAAAACUCGCCGCCAAUCUGCUGGACUUUCUGACGCCAAUGAUAGCGCUUGGGAAGAUAACAAUGUAUUCCAAUCUGGGGCUGAGGAUUCGCCCGUUAAGUCUGCGCGUCGGCAGCCGAAGCCUCGAAUUGGACCUCCUCCUGUUGCUCGUCGCGUCAGCAGUCGUAAUUCGAUGUCUGCUUCUCCUCAACCCCAUCCACAAAACUCGCAUUCCCCUGAACAGCGUGAAGUUACCCCCGAGCCUAUCAUCACGCCUGAAGUAUACAAUAACACACCUGGUACUCCAGCAUUCAUUCCUCGAUUACCUACUACUGUGAGCACCCCUAUAGGAGGAUUGCGAACAUUUAAUCCCCCUGCAAGUCAAAUCCGCAAGUCCAUCGCAGCGGCUGCACCUCCCCUUGCACAGGAUGAGCCUAGCAGUGAUGAGAAAGAGAGAGAAGAGAAGAAGAAGAAGAAGAAGAAGAAGAAACCCAGAAACCCACGAAUAUUGCAGAUCAAAUCCGACCAAGACAGUCUAAUCUCCGAUGACGCCAAGGAAGACAACUCGUAUGAGCAAAUUGACGAACCCAUCGACUAUAAUUCUGCCGUUGCCCAGCGUAUUGCAUCAAUCGGCCGAGACCUUGCUGCUGGCAAAGCUUUGGUUCAGCGUGCAGACAUAAAGAUCCCCCCAGUCGUUCCAAGGUGGCUGUCGCUGGUUCUUGGUUUUGGAUUCUCGGUACUACUUAGCAUCACAGCUAGCUACAAGACAGAGAGUUCAAGCAUUGGGUGGUGCGAUACUGGUAGCAACACCAAUUCAAUCAUCGCGGAACGUCAGACCGCUCAGGCUGCACGACCUGCACUCCUUGCCCGACACGCAACCUGCACACCCCCCUAUGGAAUCACCUGUCAUCCCACUUAUAUUUUCAAGCCUCAUCCACUUGACAUUAUCCCUGGACUACGUGCAUUUGCUAGUGGCUUGCCCGGAUUUGGCGCCGUUGCCUUCCCUCCUCAGUGUGUUGAAGACGAUGCACGAAAGCGAAAAGUCUCUGGUGUAGCGAAGGGAAUGGCUACGUACUUGGAGACUGUCAAAGGGAAAGAGAACUUUGGUGUCAAGGUUAACGAUUUGGCCGAACUGGUACUAAAAGAAAUGAAGGUUGAUUACCAUGAAAUUGUCGAAACUGCCUUGAACGACCUCGAAAAAUACGGUUGGAUAGAACGCAGCGUUGACUCCAAAGGAGAUCAAUGGGUCACAUCCAAGCGCUAUCGAUGGGUGCGCUGUGCGCGUAAGGUCGGAGCACGCGAAACCUGGAACGAAUGGCAGAUGCAUUUUUAUACACUUAUUGCCACAAUUCUUGGCGCAUUCUGGACACGUUCUAAACUCGCUUCGAAACGUCGCGAGUCACGUCGAAUCGCCGAGCUAGCCGCAGUUGCUCUUGAGCUAGUCCGCAAUCAAGAAAUCGCGCAUCACACCGACCCAGUUCGCUCGCCUCAUGCAUAUGUAUCUUCCUUGCACCUACGUGAUGGUAUUACAAGAGGAGCACAACGUUCACACACGGAUGCGUCUUUGGUCAAAGUCGCUAAAAUCGUGGAGGGGAACGCAAUAUCCGGGCCAAUGUGGAAGAAGUGGCUGGGGAUGAGACUCGGGUAUGGAGAUGGGUUGGAGCUUAAAUCUAUCUUUCAAAUAAACAUUAAACUUCAAGGAACGUCUCAGCGGUUGUCUUCAUUGUUUUCUUGUUUCGGGCCAGAUUUGUCUGUUAGAUUCGGAAUCCUAUCCAAACGUUUUGACGAGCUAUUUUUAACAUUGGUUCUAUAA